AUGAUGAAUUUUCGUAAGAAUAAUAUUUCUGUUAUUGCAGUAUUACCUGCUUUUACUCAAUGCUAUGAUGGUACUAAAUUCGGAUUAUUGGAACUUUAUUUUCGCAAUCCACCACAACAGUUAUAUCCAAAUCUUUCCUGGACGGAUAGAAAAACAUUAGCACGUGUUGAUAAUUGUCCUCAAGCAGGUACAAAUUGUAUUUCAAAUCUAAUGCAUGAUUAUAUAAAAUAUCUAUCUAUUAUGAAUGAAAAAUUUUAUGGUUCGAAACAAUUCGAUUAUGCUUAUCGUUAUGUUACUAAUCCUUGCCAUCAAGAUACACAACAUUUAAAAUAUUUAGUAGAAUUACUCUAUUCUGUAAAUAAUUGCCCUGAAGUUGUUUAUAUGGAUAUGGAUUUAACAUAUAUUACAUCGUAUUCAUUAGAAGUUCUUCAUAUGACUAUUUCAUUUGGAAUUAAUUUAGUUGAUCAAUGUGUAGACAUUGAUAAUUCUGUUGCAGAAAUUCUUUCGACAGAUCAUUCACAAAUUGUUUUAAAUUUUUUAAUCAAUCAGAGUAUUGUUGAUAAAGAUACGCAUAUUGCAAUAACAAGUUGA